CUCUCCCUCUCCCCGGGGGCGGGGCCACGUAGUCACGCUCGUUCGCGUUGCAUAAACAGGAAGUCGGUGUUCCCCCUUUUCCGUGGUUGGUAACUUAAUUUGUUUAUGUCACGGUUUAGUGAGACGUUAAAGCGUCGCUCUCCUCUUUGGCAGCGGCACAUUUGUUCGAAACCAAUCACGUUUCAAACUGGUCCAUUCGGGGCCAGAGUGCGAACUCUCGGUGAUGUCGGCAUUUUCGGUCCUCUGAUUGGUUGUUCUGAGGAACGCAAACACGCACACAUAAAUGCCUUCCAUACUCGGCAUCUCUGCUUUCAAGAGAGGUUUGACACUUACGAAGACCUGCUAAUUAAAUGACUUUUAAUGUGUUUGUGGUUUAAUGUCACAGUCUCCUCGUGUGUUACUUUGAAAGUCCUGACCGGUAGCGUAGCUGUCGCCUAGUUUCCGCUAGCUGUCGUCUUCAGUGGUUCGGAACCGGACCGAGCGUCACUGUCGGAAGACGGCGGCUUCCCCCAUCCAUCAUGGACGCUGCUUUUCUCUGCCCGCUGGACCAAACCAGGAGCCCCGGUGGCCGCCGCCAGCUUUAGCCGAGCUGCGAGGCAUCUCUCCGGCCAUGGACGAGCAGGCGGGCCCCGCGGUGCUCCUCGGCUGCAUGUCCGGCGGGGGCGACGGAGAGGCGGCCCGGGCUCAGUACAGCAUCCCGGGCAUCCUUCACUUCCUCCAGCAUGAGUGGAGCCGCUACGAGGUGGACCGUGCCCAGUGGGACUUGGAGCGGUCCGAACUGCAGGCUCAAAUCGCCUUCCUGCAGGGGGAACGCCGAGGUCACGACAACCUCAAGAAAGACCUGGUUCGACGCAUCAAGAUGCUGGAGUACGCACUCAAACAGGAGAGAUCCAAGCACCACAAACUGAAGUACGGCACAGAGUUGAUCCAAGGAGACGUCAGAGCGCCCAGUUACGAUUCAGAUGAGGGCAACGACUUGGACGCACACACGCCGCUAAACAGCAGCCAUCAGCUGAGCUGGAAGCAAGGUCGACAGCUUCUUACACAGUACCUGGACGAAGUUGGCUAUACAGACACCAUCUUGGACGUGAAAUCUCGAUGUGUGCGUGUGUUGUUGGGGCUUAGCACAGACUCCGAGGAGACAUCGCAGACGCGCUACCACGACAUCGUGGUGGACCCAGACCACGUGGUCAACAGUACCCAAGGGGGCGUGGCCAGCAGAGCUGACUCCUCCCACUCCGCUGCCAUCUUGGAGGCCUUCAAGUUGAUCGAGAACACCACCGCCGACUUCAGCAACGAGGACGAGGAAAACGACGGCAGCGGCAACGGGGAGAACGCGAGCGUCCUUGACAUGGUGAGGAGGAAACAGUCGCCUACGCCGUCGUCAACGACCUCUGACCUCAGUGAAGACUCGGACACAGAGGAGGCCCUGAAGGGUUUCGACUUCCUCUCCAGCCACGACACGCAUGGCCAAGAGGACUGCAGCCAAUGGGGCAAAGAGGCGGAGGUGGGGUGGGAUGUGGACGCGGGAGUGAUCGCACAGCUGAAGGAGGAGUACCGAAGGGAGCGUCGCGGCAAGAAGGGCGUCAAACGCCCAAACCGCUCCAAGCUCCAGGACAUGCUCGCAAACUUGCGCGACGCCGAGGAGUUCCCCGCCAUGCAGCCCUCAGCGACGCCUCCGACCCGGUCUGCCCCCGCCACCAGACUCAAUGAGCAGGAAGUGGACGAGGGUGCCGCCUUCCUGCCGUUGCCAGGAAAGUCGUUAAUCGUGGGCCGCGUGGACGAGGCGGUCGCUAGCGAGCUGGGACUCGGAGAACUGGCCGGGCUGACGGUCGCCAACGAUACUGACGGCCUCACCUACCAGAUGGGCAGCAGUCAGGAUGCACUGAGGAAGACGUGGAACGCCAAGUUCACCCUGCGCAGCCAUUUUGACGCCCUGCGUGGCUUGGUCUUCCACCCGGUAGAGCCGGUCCUGGUCACCGCCUCAGACGACGGCACCCUCAAACUGUGGAACCUCGACAAGACCAUGCCCGCCAAGAAGUGUGCGUCGGUGGACGUGGAGCCCAUCUACACGUUCCGAGCUCACAGUGGUGCGGUUCUGUGCGUCACCAUGAGCGGCAGCGGCGAGCAGUGCUUCAGUGGCGGCGUGGAUGGAACCAUCCAGAGCUGGAAUGUGCCCAGCCACAACAGCGACCCCUAUGACACCUAUGAGCUGUCGGUCCUGCGGGGGGCGCUCUGCGGUCACACAGACGCCGUGUGGAGCGUGGCCUACAGUGCCGCCCACCACCGCCUCCUCUCCUGUUCAGCCGACGGGACCGUACGUCUGUGGAAUGCCGCUGCCGUCUCGCCGUCUCUCGCUGUUUUCAACCAGAGAGGAGAACUGGGCAUUCCGACCUCUGUGGACGUGUCGAGCAGCGAGCCGGCUCACAUGGUCGUGUCCUUCUCCGGCGGCCAUGUUGGCGUGUUCAAUAUGGAGACGCAGCAGUUGGUCCUCAAAAUGGAGUCGACAGGACUUCCAGACGCUUCUUGCCAAAUCAACAAAGUGCUGAGUCAUCCCACGCUGCCCAUCAGCAUCACGGCGCAUGAGGACCGACACAUACGAUUCUUUGACAACAACACCGGCAAAUUGUCUCACUCAAUGGUGGCGCACUUGGAUGCUGUGACCAGUCUCGCUGUGGAUCCAAACGGAAUUUACCUCUUGUCGGGAAGCCACGACUGCUCCAUGCGUCUGUGGAACAUGAACACCAAGACGUGCAUCCAGGAGUUGACGGCCCACCGUAAGAAGUUCGACGAGUCCAUCCAGGACGUAGCCUUCCACCCCACCAAGUGCUACAUCGCCAGCGCGGGGGCCGACGCGUUGGCCAAGGUCUUCGUAUGACCCCCUCCCCCGUGACCUUGUCCAGACUCGGGCUGGCCCCGGUCCGCAAACAAAUGCGACGACGAUGUGUGCCGUGUUUGACUUCUGGCGUUAUGACUCCCGAUAUAGUGAGGCGGCCAUAUUGUAGUGCUGUUGGAACGUGUCGUGAGUGCAGCGUUGCUCCGCAUAUUCGCCAUUCGCUGCUUGCACAUUCACCGAGUAGAGAAUUUUUUUUUUUUCUGGAACCUAUCUUCCAUGAGUAUUCCGUCGGGACCAAAUUGUGACAAGGAACUAUGUAGACAUGAGUUGAAAAGCUUAAUUUAGACAAAGGUAGUACUUUUGUGCUGCCGUUUGGCAUUUUGGUACCGAGGAAGUAUGUUGAAAUGAGUUGAGGAGCUUCACUUAGACAAAAGUAAUGCUUUGGUACCAUGUCGUGGCAGUAUGGUGCCACGAAAAAUGUUGAAGUGAAUUGCGGAGCUUCGUUUAAAUCAUCUUUUGGCAUCGUGGUGCCCUUCUCUUGCUAAUAAUAAUUAGCUGUUGAUGUGUGUUUUUGUAUUUGUAAGAUACAAGUAGAUCUUUUUAAAUCUGUUAAUUUAAUCUGUUUUUCCUGAGGUGAAUAUUAACAACUUGAUUAUAUUUAAUAUUAUUAUUAUUGGUUUAGUGUGUUGGGUUGUAUAGAAACGGUGUACAGUCUAAAACAUGAAGUUAAAUUUAUUUAUUAACCUGCUGUGAAGCUUUUGGCAAUAAUUGACGUGCGGCAAAAUAGUUUUGUGUUUGCCAAUUGACAUGAAAGUUACAUAUUUGCUGUCUUUAAGCACUGGCCUCAAAUGUUUCAUUCCUGUGAGCCAUUUUCAGUAUAUAAAUAAAAAAUAAUAAUAAUAAUAAUUAUAUAUAUAUAUAUAUAUAAUAAUGUUGCUUCAACUUGGAAAAACACAGCAUUCAUUUGUAAAUGAUAAAUAUUGUCCAUAAUUGUGUACAGGGAUAUAUGAUAGCGAAGUGGCGAUGUACAGUACAUCCUCUUGUUUUUACAAUAAAGGAACAUUAGGCUAACCUGAACCACAUAAUUGUAUACUUUUUAUGUAUCUUUAGAGUAAAGCCUGACUGAUUAAUCAGACAAUAUUAGUCCAUUUCAAUUUUUUUCAUUUUUUUUUUUUUUUUUACACGAACUCAAACUAACAAAAAAUACUGGCAGAUUUUUCUUUAAAACUUAAACAAAUGUUGAAUGACAAAGUAUUGUAGAUCGGUCAGAUGUUCUGCCUGCAUUUCAUUUGUGUAGUUUUGCAAGCGUUAAGGGACCAAAAAUUAAGUUAUUUUAUUCAUAACAGAGGACCCCUGCAGGUUUGGAUUCAUCUACAGGAUUUGUGGACAUUUUUUAAAAAUCUUUUUUUUUUUUUGGGUGGGUGUGAGCUGUGUGUAUCAUUCUUGUGGCAUUUAA